AUGUGGCAAGUCAUAAGGUUCCUUCAUAGAGCUGCUGAUCUAACAUUAGUGCCAUCUGUUGCUAUCAGCAAAGAUUUUGAAACUGCCCAUGUUAUAUCAGCUAAUAGAAUACGCCUUUGGAACAAAGGUGUUGAUUCAGCCAGUUUCCAUCCCAAGUUCCGCAGUCACGAAAUGCGAGUUAGACUAAGUGACGGUGAGCCUGAAAAACCAUUGAUAAUCCAUGUAGGACGCUUUGGGCGUGAAAAGAACUUGGAUUUUCUGAAAACGGUAAUGGAUAGGCUGCCUGGAGUAAGAAUUGCAUUUAUUGGAGAUGGACCAUACAGGAGUGAGCUGGAGAAGAUGUUUGAGGGGAUGCCUGCCGUGUUCACUGGAAUGAUGCAAGGCGAAGAGCUAUCACAGGCAUAUGCCAGCGGUGAUGUUUUCGUGAUGCCCUCGGAGUCCGAAACACUUGGUCAAGUAGUCCUGGAGUCCAUGUCAUCUGGAGUCCCGGUCGUUGCAGCUCGUGCUGGUGGUGUUCCUGAUAUAAUUCCAGAAGAUCAGGAAGGGAAGACCAGCUUCCUGUUCACCCCAGGAGACCUCGAAGACUGUCUUGGCAAGAUUCAGCUAUUGCUGACGGACAAGGAAUUCAGAGACAACAUGGGGAUGACGGCUAGAGCCGAGAUGGAGAAGUGCGACUGGAGAGCAGCUUCCAAGAAGAUCCGCAACGAGUUCUACAAUGCUGCGAUCUGGUACUGGAGGAAGAAGCGCGCAGAAUUGAUCAAACCGUUGCAGUGGCUGGCGCAGAUGUUCCUACCAGCACCUGAGGUCAACAGAAUCACACAACACUGA